AUGUCAUUACAACGAUAAUCGUCACUAAAAGAUGAUCUCAGAAAACUCACUAGCACCGGACGCCAUUUCCGUAACCUCUGAAGCUUCCACUUUGUUAGAUGGAAGCGUAAUAUCGACGGUUCCGGACCGUCAUGGCUUCUUGGGAGGUUCUCAGUACUCUCCGGAACCCAGACAGGGCCCACCGGCCGAAACCGUUUUGAGAAGGGAAAGGAAAUGGCUGAAAAUGUUGUCGCAAUGGAAUUUUUAUAUGGAUACGAAUUAUAGGAAAGUUAAAGAGAGGUGUAGAAAAGGUAUUCCUCAGUCCAUGCGUCCCAAGGCAUGGCUGUAUUUGUGUGGAGGUAAAGUUUUGUUGGACAAACAACCGAAUAAAUAUGAAGAAUGUUUGAAAGCUGAGGGUGAUCCGAAAUGCAUUGAAGAUAUAAAAAAAGAUAUACACAGGCAGUUUCCCUUACAUGAGAUGUUUAGCUCUGAAGAUAAACCAGGACAACAAGAGCUUUUUAACGUGCUUAAAGCGUAUACCGUUCAUUUUCCUGACAUUGGCUACUGUCAAGCUCAGGCGCCUGUAGCGGCAUUUCUGUUAAUGCACAUGCCCUCUGUACAGGCUUUCUGGUGUCUUGUUUCAAUAUCAAACAAAUAUCUUGAGGAUUAUUACUCGCCUACUAUGGACGUGGUACAAAGGGAUGGACUUAUUUUACAGGGUUUAUUAAAAAAGGUUUGUCCACCGGUCUAUAGGCAUUUAAAAAAAGUCAGUGCAGAACCGAUGUUUUAUUGUACAGAAUGGUUUCUAUGCGCAUUUACCAGGACUUUACCUUGGGAUACCCUCUUGAGGGUAUGGGACAUCUUCCUUUGCGAAGGAGUUAAAGUUUUAUUUAAAACUUCUUUAGUUAUACUUAUUGGCUGUUUGGGUACACCGAAAAGUCGAAGACAAUGUCCUGGUCUUUGCGAGACUUUGGCUAGGAUACGUAAUCCACCUGAAAGCAUUUUAGCCGAAGAAAACCUAGUUUAUAAUAUAAAUAGGUUGGAUAUAACGGAAAGAGAUUUUCAAGAGCAGCACCAAAAACAAACAAAAAGAAUGAGAAUCGAAAAUGCAAACGCCAAAAUGGCGGCAGAAGGAAAAGUGAGGUAA